AUGGGAGAAGAAAACCAAUCCUAUGUGACUGAAUUUAUCCUCCUGGGCCUGUCACAGGAUCCACAGACCGAAGUCCUGCUCUUCUUCCUUUUUCUGGUCACCUACGUGCUAACUGUACUGGGAAAUCUGCUCAUCAUCGUGCUCAUUCACAUAGACUCCAAACUCCACACACCCAUGUACUUUUUCCUUAGGAACUUGUCCUUUGCUGAUCUCUGCUUUUCGACUACCACUGUUCCCCAGUUGCUGAUCCACUUGCUUGCAAAAAAGAAAAGCAUUUCCUUUGCUGGAUGCUCAACACAAAUAUUUGUUUUUCUUCUGCUUGGGGGCACAGAAUGUGCCCUGCUGGCUGUGAUGUCCUAUGAUCGGUAUGUGGCUGUGUGCAAGCCCCUGCAUUACUCCACCAUCAUGACUCAAGGGGUGUGUGCCCUGAUGGCCUUCGGUUCCUGGGGCAGUGGAGCAUUUGUGUCUCUGAUAGAUACCUCAUUCACAUUAAGCCUGCCCUACAGGGACAAGAAUACUAUUAACCAUUUUUUUUGUGAACCCCCAACCCUUCUGCAGCUGGCUUCUGCAGAUACUUAUAGUACAGAAAUGACCAUCUUUGGCAUGGGUGUGGGCAUCCUUUUAGCCCCUGUGUCCCUGAUCCUGGUCUCUUACUGGAACAUUAUCUGCACUGUGAUUCGGAUGCAGUCAGGGGAGGGGAGACUCAAGGUUUUCUCUACCUGUGGCUCCCAUCUUGUUGUCGUUAUUCUUUUCUAUGGAUCAGCCAUAUUUACAUACAUGAGACCAAACUCCAAGACGAUGAAAGAGAGGGAUAAAAUGAUCUCUGUCUUCUACUCAACAAUUACACCCAUGUUGAAUCCCCUCAUUUAUAGUCUGAGGAAUAAGGAUGUCAAGGGUGCUCUCAGGAAACUGAUUGCAAGAUAUUCUUAA